GGGUCUGGCCCUAACGGGUCGCAGGCUAAUCGGGUUUUAAUUUUAUCGGGCUAGAAAUUUCCAACCCUAACCCUAUAAAUUUGGCGGGUUAUUCGGGUCAACCCACGGGUUGCGGGGUACAUAAACAUCCCUAACUAUAGCAGUUGACAGAUCUGCUCUACCGUAUCCACUAUAACCCUAGAUCCAGCAACUGAUCCGCUGCAGAAUCAACCUAGGAUCAAAGCCACAGCCAAACACCGUACAUCCAAGUCUCCAGUACCUCAAGAAACCACUACACUUGGCCUAUUGCACCAGACCAGAAACCAGGGGUUUCCAAACACUCCACUCACUCACUGACUCAGUGUAUAAACACACGCAGAACAGAGGAAGAAGAGAUCAACACUCUCAAGCUCACAACACAGAGAGAUCUCAGAAGAAGAGGAUGCAUCGAAACCUUAAUAUCAUCACUCAAGGUCAAAGAGAAGAGCGAGGCAGAAUCGAAAGUGAGGAAGGGAAAAGAGGGUUGGGAGUAUUUAAAUGACUCAGCUUCAACACCCCACAAGAUGCUGCCACGUAUCAAGGGUUUCAAGGAGUUGGGCUCAAGCCCAAGUUGCAACUUGGGCUGGUUACUGAUGGAGCAGGCGGGGCCACAUUUAAGGGCCAUACUAUUACAGGAUGCAUUACAAUUGUAUGGGGCUGCAUUUGUAGUGUUAUUAAUUUAGCUGAAUUUGAGGUAGCACAAAGUUUGAAAUGUUGAUGGCAAAAUCGUGAAAUUCCAGGUCUAAUUUGUUUGCAGAAUAAAACUUUGCAUCGUUGGGGUCGACGACUUUGAAUUCCGACGUUCGUUUAUUGUUUGCGGAAAAAGUUCAGCUAGUGAAUUAAUCGGUAGAAGGAACGAGCAUAGAGCCUUUCAUCUAUCACAUAAAUUAUCAACAGCUUACACUUAUUAAGGAGCAAUGUCAUCCGGGUUAACUUGUGGCCCCUUGAGAUAUAGCAUGGGCUUACCUGCAAGAGGGCUACGGUCGCAUAAGAAACAGUUCAUGUUUAUGCCUAGUUUUGGGUCAUCUGCAAAUAUUCUCUUUUUGAAAAGAAAUGGUUUGGCUGCAUCAACUUGGAGAUAUAAACAGAGAGUGGCUUCUGUUAAGUGCGCAAUGGAUGCUACCUUUGGGGAUUCUAGUAAUGAAUCAACUGUUAUAUUUCCUAGAAUUAAUGUCAAGGAUCCUUACAAGCGACUAGGAAUCAGUAAGGAAGCUUCAGAAGAUGAAAUUCAAUCUGCUCGGAACUUCCUAAUGCAAACAUAUGGAGGAGACAAAGCAAGUGCGAAUGCAAUUGAAGCAGCACAUGAUAAGAUCAUUAUGCAAAAAUUUUACGAAAGGAAGAACCCUAAGAUCAACGUCAAGAAAAAGGUCAGGGAAGUAACCCAGCAUAAAUAUGUCCAGGCUGUCACAAGCAGGUUUAGAACCCCAUCCACAAAGGUCGUUGUAAAAACCUCCAUAGCUUUCUUGGUACUUGGAGUGCUAACUGUACUCUUUCCAACGGAAGAAGGCCCAACACUUCAAGUUGCUAUCUCUCUGAUACUCACAAUGUACUUUAUUCAUGAUCGCCUCAAGACCAAGCUGCGUGCUUUUCUCUAUGGUGCUGGGAGUUUUGCUUUUUCGUGGCUUCUAGGAACUUUCUUGAUGGUCUCUGUGAUGCCACGAAUACUCAAAGGGCCAACAAGCUUGGAAGUGACGACGUCAUUGAUAAGCUACAUUAUCCUUUGGGUUUCAUCUACUUAUCUUCGAUGAUCACCUCUUUUAUGCAUAAUCAAAGUUUUCCAGAUUCAUGGUAGCUUCUUGCGGUAAUGGAAGAAUUGAUGCGCUUGCAGUUGGUAUUCUUUCGCUUACAGAUUGAUCGAUAGAUUUCUCUGCAAUUUAUUUGAAUUUAUGACGUAGCGAGGGCAAUUUUCCAUAGAUGAGGCUAGAAGAUUGUUGAGUUUUGUUACAUGAAACCUUGAGACUACUCUAUGUAUUAAUCUUACUUAAUAGAGUUGCUACUAUAUCACCAAAGGGCUGAUUCACUGUUU